AUGUCAACAGCUCUAAUUCUCGGCGCAACAGGCGCAACAGGAAAACACCUCCUUCGCGAGCUUCUCUCCCACGACGAAUGGUCCAAAGUUGGCGAAUAUGGCAGACGCGUAACACCAGAAGCCGAUCUUCCACAGAAUAGGGGCAAACUCGAGCAGAAAACAAUCGACUUUGAGGAUUUGGAAGCAGCUGGGCUGAAGGAUGGACGGUGGGAUGUCGUGUUUGUCACACUAGGGACGACUCGUGCGCGGGCAGGGAGCGCUGAAAUGUUUGAGAAGAUCGACAGGGAGUAUGUGGUGAACGCUUGCAAAGCUGCAAAGACGGAUGAUCCGACGCACCAACAACGUGUUGUGUAUCUUUCGUCGUCGGGUGCCAACCCUUCCUCUUCCUUCCUGUAUCCGAGAUCAAAAGGUCUCACCGAACUAGGCAUAGCACGCCUUGGGUACGAGGAUACCAUCGUCUUCCGCCCCGCUCUCCUCAAAGGAGCAGAACGCGCUGAAAAAAGGUUCGGAGAGACCAUAGCUGGCUACGUGACUGGCCUCGCAUCGCAUUUUACGUCUUCUGCGGAGAUUCACGUUGCUGUUCUUGCGAAGGCAAUUAUGAAAGCGGGUAUUCUGGGUUCUUCUGGUUUGCCUCCUACUGUGGGUGCUACUAAAGCGGGAGAGGAGGGGGCGUGGUUUACUUUGAUAGGGAACAAAGCUGCGCUUGCUCUUGGGCAGGAGGCGUGA